AUGACUUAUAAAGAAGAACAAGAACAAUUAAAAGAACCCUAUCAGAUUAUGACCCAACUUUUAACUAAAAAAGAACAAGGACAAUUAUUUGCUUACCUAGAAAUCUAUCAAAAUUGGUAUGCUGAUACCGGAAAAUUAAGACAAUUACCAAAUGGGGGUCGGGAUGACCUCGAUUUAGAAGCUUGUUGUGAUCUAUUUAAUUUCUCUCAAAGUAUUUAUCAGCAGAUGGGGGAGAUUAAGGGGUUAAAAGCGACCAAAGAAGAGUUAGAAACUAAAAUUGAGGAUUUAAAACUUGAAAUAACUGACAAAAAUAAUGAAUGGGAUAGAGCAAAGCGUUUCUAUAAUUACCUUUUUGAACUCUAUGAGAAAGCAACCCCAGAAAACAUAGAAGCCCUAACUGAGGAAGCGAAACGAGAAGUAAAAAAAUUGGAAGAGGAUUCUGAAUCAGAGGAGAUUAUUAGUGAUUUUUAUCAGAAGAUAGAUAAAAUUAUGGGUUUUGCUAGGGAGAAAGGGGAAGUAGAAGAACAAUUAAAUAAAAAAGAACAGGAGUUAGCAAGUUUGAGAGAGGAAUUAAGGGUUAAAACUCAGGCGGAGGAGGAGUUGGUUAAGGAGUUGGAGCAAUUGAAGGAGGAGAAAGGGGAAUUGGAGGGUAAAUUGGGGGAGGCGGAGACUAGUUUGAUAGAAACUAGACGGGAGUUGGAUAGGUGGAAAAAAGAAUUACAAGAUAAAGAGCGAGAAUUAAAUUCUUUACAAGAGAAAUUAUCCGGGGAGCAAACUAAGUCGGGUGAGUUAGAAAGGCAAUUAACUGCUUUGGCUGUUAGUAGUGGUUUACUUAACCAACAAAUUAAUGAGUUAACUAGUCAACUAAGUGAGAAGGAGCAGGAAGUAGAGCAAAAGAGAUUAGAAACGGAAAUUAGGAGUAAUUUAGUGAGGGAACAAGGGGAGAAAAUUUCUGAGCAGGAACAGCAAAUAAAUAAUUAUCAGCAAUUAUUAAGAACUGCGGAAAGUAAUCUUAAAAAGGGGCAAGAAUUGCUAAAUAAGAAAGAAAAACAAUUGGAGGAGUUAGAAAAAGAGAAGAAUUUGAUUGGGGAAGGGUUAGAGUUGGCUAGUGGGAGGAUAAAGGAGUUGGAGUCUGCUUUAGUUAGUGCUAAUGGUAAGAUUGCAAGGAUGGAAGCCCGGAUAAAAGAUUUAGAAAGUCAAGGAGAUAAUUCUGAUGAGUUGGAAAGAUUGAAAAAAGAACUGAACCAAGUUAAACAACAACAAGCCAGCGAGAAAAGCAAAUCCCAAGCAGAGAUUAGGAGAUUACAAAGUGAAUUGGCAGCUACUAAAAAAAGGGAGGAGGAAUUAGCAGAGAAGAUUAAGGAAUUAGGGGCUAGAAAAGUAAAAGUUCAGGAAGUGGUUGAGAAGAGUUUUUGGGAGACUGUUAAGACUCCGGUUUUUUAUGGGAUUGAUUGGGCAGUAGAGAGGAUGAGUAAAGAACAACAAAUGCCGGGUUCUUUUCCAGGACAAGAAACUCCCAGAUUAUUUACUUAUUUGCUAAGUGAAUUGACCGAUGCAACUGCAGAAUUAGUUUUUAUUCCGGUUAAUCAGCCUAACUUCCAUUGGUCGCUUCUGGUUUAUGAAACCAAGACUAAAACUUUUUAUCAUUAUGACACUUUAGGAGGGGCUAAUUGA